UGUGUGUGUGUGUGCGCGCGCGCGCUCCUGUUAGCAUGUGCGGUUGUGAGGGCAGAGUUCGGGAUCCUGACAGAUGAGUAGUUGGAAAUAAGGAGGUGAAACAGGGCGACGCUGCGAGUCUGUGCAGGAAAAGCCGCAGAUCCGCCGAACACACAGAAUGUUCCCGAAAGGAAAAGGUUCCGUGGUGCCGUCCGACGGUCAGGCGCGAGAGAAGUUGGCUUUGUAUGUUUACGAGUAUUUGCUCCACAUUGGUGCACAGAAAUCAGCCCAGACCUUCCUGUCAGAGAUUCGAUGGGAGAAAAACAUCACUCUGGGGGAUCCGCCUGGGUUCCUGCACUCCUGGUGGUGUGUGUUUUGGGAUCUGUAUUGCGCCGCACCGGAGCGGAGAGACUCGUGUGAACACUCUAGUGAAGCCAAGGCUUUUCAUGAUUAUAGUGCUGCUGCAGCUCCGAGCCCUGUGAUGGGGAACAUGCCCCCUGGUGACGGGAUGCCUGGUGGUCCGAUGCCCCCCGGGUUCUUCCCGGGCCCCCCCGGCUCGCAGUCCUCUCCUCACGCUCAGCCUCCUAACAGCAUGAUGGGACCUCACGGCCAGCCGUUCAUGUCUCCUCGUUUUGGUGGAGGGCCGAGACCCCCGAUCAGAAUGGGCAACCAGCCUCCAGGUGGCGUUCCUGCAGCUCAGCCUAUGCUCCCUAACAUGGACUCGCGCCUUCAGGGACCGAUACAGAGGAUGACUGUUCCCAGAGGAAUGGGGCCGAUGGGCCCCGGGCCCCAGAAUUUCGGAGGUGGGAUGAGGCCCCCACACAACUCCAUGGGUCCGGGAAUGCCGGGAGUCGCCAUGGGUCCGGGGAACGGCAGACCACCGUGGCCAAAUCCCAAUGCUAACAACAUGCCGUACUCCUCACCGUCUCCUGGUGCGUAUGGGGGUCCUCAGGGAGGUGGCCCCCCAGGAACCCCAGGAAUUGUCUCGAGCCCUGCAGAUUCCAACAACUCGAGUGAAAACCUGUACACCAUGAUGAACUCAGGCGGGGGAGGGAGAACCAACUUUCCCAUUGGUCCCGGUUCAGAGGGCCCCCUAGGGGCGAUGGCUGGAAUGGACCCCAUGCAUAUGAAUGGAGGUUCUGGAGAUUUGGAUGGACUUCCAAAGAAUUCACCCAAUAACAUGAGCAACAUGAGCAACAACCUGGGAACCCCACGAGACGAUGACACUGGAGGCAGUUACCUCCACUCCUUCCAGAAUGAGAAUCAAUACUCUCCCUCAAUGACCAUGAGUGUGUGAUGUGGAAUCUUUUGGAAGCCUCUUAUCUGGCCGUCCAUUACAGAGACAUGGAGAAAGAUGUACAGGAUUUUCUGGCCAUGCAACUGCCUCUGCUUCACCUCUGGUUUCAUGCAAUAUCACAUUUUCAUAUAUUUUCUUUUAUUAUAAACACUCCGUCCCAACACCCCACCCCCACCCCCUCCUUCUCCACCCACACCCACCCCUAACCCUAAUCCAUGUGACACGAACCAGCGGGGGCCGUUCUUGUUUUAAUUCAGUCAUUUUCUCCUGCAAGGCCAACUUUGUUUAAAAAAAAAAAAAGAAAAAAAAGGAGCAUCAUUCAUGGUCCACUGGAUGUGUAGCCGCUAAAACCUCAGAGGAACAGCAUCAUGUCCACCUUCAUCUUCAGCAUGGUUUACGUGUUCCACACUGACAUUGAACUCUUCAUACGUGGCCUUGACCUCUGCCUGCGUUUUGUUGCCUUUUCCUCAGUGUUUUUAUCAUGACGAGAGACUUCAGCCUCUCUUCAGUUUAAAGCUCUACAUUCUACUAAUUCUUUACACCCUUUUUUUAUUUUUUUUAUUUUUUAAAGUAUUACACGUCACUGCUUUUGAAGGCUAACUGGGCCGGAUGCUCCCACAGCGGGGAGCUUUUUUUAUUCUGCACUGAUUCCCCUCACAUCAGCUGCUGUCUCAAACCUCCCCCACGACUCUGAGUAAUAAAUAAUUCACCGGUCUGAUCGUGGACAAACGCUAACUACCUACGAGUGAAAGACUCUGGGCAGGGUGGGGGGGGGUAAAGUCAAAGUUUUUGCCUCUGUCUGUCCCACUGAUGUGUUUGGCCGCCGUAGCAUUGAUUCCUUGUAACGCUGAUUUUGUAAUGUACCCAUAUCAUAUUCUUUUAGCUUUUUGUUUUUAAUUACUACCAUGUGCCUCAAUUAUUUUUCUUUUGAUAUUUGGGUCUGUUAAAGGUUCCAAAAGGCCUGUUGUAGCUUCACUCCUGCCGAAGGUGCUCGUAUGAAACAGCCCCACUUCUGACUUUUUUUUUUUCAUAUUUUGCAGAUUUUUGUGUUCAGCUUUGUCAAAGGGGGGCGCCAGACUUACUCAUAGUUCACAUAGAAUCGUAAGUUAUUCUAUUUAUACAAACCUUUGGUAAUGCUUCUUCAUUUAGGAAGGUGUUUUACACUGCUUUUGUUAGCUUGUACAUCAUACGUUGGGCAAAAUUGCUUGUUUAUAUAUUGACAACUAAAUUAUUUGGCUCCUUUCUGUGUGUCCUAGUCUUGUGUUUUCAUGGAUUUGUGCAUAUUUUCAUGAACGGCAUGUGUUAAUCAGUUAUACAGUUUGCUUGUACAAUAUUAUCAUGGACGUUUCAAAAUCACACAUGCUGUGUUCAUGUGAAGAGGCUACACUUCUCAGGUCAAGCCUCUUAAUUCUCUUUACUGGAUGUGAGUUCAGUAAAACUUCAAAUAUGGUGGAGAGAACUGUUACUUUGACUUAAUCUUUCAGCAGUUUUUAAAGAAUACAAUCUGCAGAUGAUGUGUACUGCAAAUGAAGGUCAGGUUGAUAUUGUCAUAAUAAAACACAACAUUGACACCUGCCUUUAAUCUAAA